AUGUCUGGUCUCGAGGCUGUCGGUGUUGUCAGCAGCAUCGUACAAAUAGCUGACCUUGGCGCACGAGUGGCUCUUAAGCUGUGCACAGUCUAUCAAAAAGUUCAACAAACGGAGUCCGACCUCCAGAAUCUCUCCAAGGAUGUAUCCCUAACAUGUGCUAUUCUACAGCAGUUCGGCAAGGAUCUGGAGCGAGAUGACCAGGUUCAGCUUUACUCGCAAAACGCGUUCAAGGCGGCACAGGAGAUUCUGGAUGAAUGCGGGCGGGUGUUUCGAGAAAUCGAGUCCGUCAUAGACAAGGAUUCGUCUACCAGUGCAUUUACAACCGCCGGGAGCCCUUUUUUGAAGUUGUCUCGGAAAGCUGCUAUUCUUCUCAAAAGGCCACGGUUGGAUAUCCUUCGGACACGCUUGGAUAGGCUGAAGAAUACCGUGCUGCUUAUGAUAAACGUAAUUGUUUACGCAAGUCAGCAGAGGAAACGAGGGAUAGAAGCAUCCGACGCAGACCAACAAGGGUUUAUCGAGAUACUGAUGAAACGGAUACACGAUACGGACCAGAAGCUCGAAAGAUUGACAAGAGCUAUCAAGGGCGCCGAGCCGGUAACGAUGAACACUGUUGGUAUAUUCGAUAAACCGUCAACAAUGGACAUACCAGCAAGCAAUGACUCCGACUCCCCCGCUCCUAGGCUCGUAGAGCUUUGUUGCCUUUCUGAAGUCAGGGAUGGUCAAUGUGAUCCAAUAAGCCUUGAAAUAAGAGAUUACUCCAGAGUUAUCAAGGAUAUUCUCCAAAGAAUACAGGACGCCGAAUCUCUUCUAACAGCAAAUCGCCACGGGCGAGUCAAACAGGCCAUCUUGGAUGCUCAUGCAACAGAACUUCGAAUUUUCAUCGCUGAGCACGGAGAGAAAGCUGGGAAGUUCUGCACAAAAUUUUGCCAGGGUCCAUUAUUCAAUCAAAAAUGGCCCGAGAGUCUGAAAGACACUUCAGAACGAACCGAACUCAUAGCAGCCGCUUUCACGGUUCCACGAGAUGAAAACAAUCAAGUCACAGAUAACAUGUGUGUCGCUAGUGAAAGGAAGCUUUGUGCGACAUCAACACCAGAUACAGAACCAGAAAGAGAUCAAUUAAAGGAGCAUAUGCUCAAUCAAGAGGAAAUGAGGAGGGUUAUUAUGUCACGUUUUCUUGAGAGCGAUAACACUCUCAUGCCUACCGACGAGGGAGACAUGCUGCCUACUCUUCCUAGGCCCGUUGAUCGAAAUCCAAUAGAUCAAGCCGAAGAAUGGGAGGAAAGAUACUAUGUAGGAGUACACCAUGAUAAACUGUUUGAUUUGAAGGGGUUGUUGUCGAGCUGGACUUCGUUGACGGAGGAUGAGUUAACCCUGAUAUCGAACAACAUGGGCCGCGACAAUAAAUAUCUUCAGCAGCUGUAA